UUUAUUAGUCCUGUUACAACCCAGGGAUCACAAACACAGCAACUGCAGAAGCAUUAUGGCAUUACCUCUCCUAUAAGUUUAGCCGCCCCCAAGGAGUUUGACUGCAUGCUUACCCAGAAAUUAAUUGAAACCCUAAAACCUUAUGGUGUCUUUGAAGAGGAGGAAGAACUGCAACGCAGGAUUCUAAUUUUGGGAAAAUUAAAUAACUUGGUAAAGGAAUGGAUACGGGAAAUCAGUGAAAGCAAGAAUCUUCCACAGUCUGUAAUAGAAAAUGUUGGAGGAAAAAUUUUUACAUUUGGAUCCUAUAGAUUAGGGGUUCAUACAAAAGGUGCUGAUAUUGAUGCCCUGUGUGUUGCACCAAGACAUGUUGAAAGAAGUGAUUUUUUCACAUCAUUUUAUGAAAAACUGAAACAACAAGAAGAAGUGAAAGAUCUGCGGGCUGUUGAAGAAGCUUUUGUCCCAGUUAUUAAACUUUGUUUUGAUGGAAUAGAGAUUGAUAUUUUGUUUGCAAGAUUAGCACUGCAAACUAUUCCCGAGGACUUAGACCUACGAGACGAUAGCCUACUUAAAAAUUUAGACAUUAGAUGCAUACGAAGUCUUAAUGGUUGCCGGGUAACCGAUGAAAUUCUGCAUCUAGUACCAAACAUUGACAACUUCAGGUUAACACUGAGAGCUAUCAAACUGUGGGCAAAACGCCACAACAUCUAUUCCAAUAUACUAGGUUUCCUUGGCGGUGUUUCCUGGGCUAUGCUAGUAGCAAGAACUUGCCAGCUUUAUCCAAAUGCAAUAGCAUCAACUCUUGUACAUAAGUUUUUCUUGGUAUUUUCUAAAUGGGAAUGGCCAAAUCCAGUGCUAUUGAAACAGCCAGAAGAAUGCAAUCUUAAUUUGCCUGUAUGGGACCCAAGGGUAAACCCCAGUGAUAGGUACCAUCUUAUGCCUAUAAUUACACCAGCAUACCCACAGCAGAACUCUACCUACAAUGUGUCCGUUUCCACACGGAUGGUCAUGGUUGAGGAAUUUAAACAAGGUCUUGCUAUCACAGAUGAAAUUUUGCUGAGUAAGGCAGAGUGGUCCAAACUUUUUGAAGCUCCAAACUUCUUUCAAAAGUACAAGCAUUAUAUUGUACUUCUAGCAAGCGCACCGACAGAAAAACAGCGACUAGAAUGGGUGGGCUUGGUGGAAUCAAAAAUCCGUAUUCUAGUUGGAAACCUGGAGAAGAAUGAAUUCAUUACACUGGCUCAUGUGAAUCCACAGUCAUUCCCAGCACCCAAGGAGAAUCCUGACAAGGAAGAAUACCGUACAAUGUGGGUGAUUGGGUUGGUGUUUAAGAAAACCGAAAAUUCUGAAAAUUUAAGUGUUGACCUUACCUACGAUAUCCAGUCUUUUACAGACACAGUUUAUAGGCAAGCAAUAAACAGCAAGAUGUUUGAGAUGGAUAUGAAGAUUGCAGCAAGGCAUGUGAAACGUAAGCAGCUUCACCAACUGCUACCUAAUCAUGUGCUUCAGAAAAAGAAAAAGCAUUCGACAGAAGGGAUCAGGUUGACAGCUCUGAAUGACAGCAGUCUAGACUUGUCUAUGGACAGUGAUAACAGCACGUCUGUGCCUUCGCCUACUAGUGCUAUGAAGACGAGUCCAUUGAACAGUUCUGGAAGUUCUCAGGGCAGAAGCAGUCCUGCGCCAGCUGUAACAGCAGCAUCUGUGACCAACAUACAGGCUUCUGAAGUCACUGUGCCACAAAUAAAUUCCAGUGAAAGCUCAGGGGGUACUUCAAAUGAAAGCAUUCCUCAAACUGCUACACAACCAGCCAUUUCUCCACCACCAAAGCCUAACAUCUCUAGAAUUGUUUCUUCAGCGUAUCUAUUAAAUCCAUCACCAAGAACUUCAGGAAAUGUUGCAACAAAAAUGCCUAGCCCUGUCACAGCAGUGAAAAGGACAUCUUCUCCCCAUAAAGAAGAGUCUCUCAAGAAAAUGAGAACUGAAGAGGAUGAAAUAAGUGAAGAGACUAGCUGUAUAGAUUUGAAUGAGAAUGAAAAAAUGGAAACUAAGGAGCAUCAUGAGACAGAAGUGAAUGUUAAUUCUCAAACAGAAACUCUUCAGACAACUCCUCUGCCAGCUCCUCAGAGAACACCCAGUACAGACCUUUCAGAUAUCCCUGCUCUCCCUGCAAAUCCUAUUCCUGUUAUCAAGAAUUCAAUAAAAUUGAGAUUAAACCGGUAAAAACAACCUCAGGGGUCCAUAAACAGUAUCUGCCAACUCAACCUGUUGUCUUCUAAUGCUAGAAAAAAAGGAGAACGGAGGAUGCAAGACUAGAACAUGAUUGCAAAUGGAUUUAGGUAUAUUUGUGCACUUCCCUUUCUGGGCUAAAAUCACCACUUGAUUGGAAGUCCAGGUUAGUAUGUGAAGCCAGGAGUACAAUUAAUGUGUUAGCAACAGUUGCAUUAAAUAUUUCGAAGGAUUACUGCCUUUAAAAACAUGAACACUAUUUGUAGCCAUACUUGACAUUCUGGUUCAAUUUGUUUGAUGCAUUGUUUCUAAAUUGAGAUAAAACUGGCAUAAGAAUCCCUUAAAUGCACUUUUAUGUACUUUUUUUUUAUUGGAGUAUGACUAAUUUUAGAUCUUCAGCUGAUACACUUUUGUUUUAUUGAAGAAUCUCUUCAAUAGUAGUAAUCUGCAAAUUGGAUGACUUUCUCUGAUAUACUAUGCAUUGAAAACAAAGUGUGUAGUAUAUCUAGUUCGACUGCCAUCAAGCAGCAGUAAGCCUUUAAAACGAAAUGUCAAAUCUAGAGGUUAUAUGACAUACGUUGAGGAAGUAGUUGGGAAGUUUUGGUCUUGGUGGGAUAUGAUUAAGAUGCGGUCUACUUUUAUUUAUAGGAUUGUUUUAAGGUGCAUACAGAUCAGCAAAUAAACUUUUGUUUGAGCUAAUCAAACUCCUUAUUCCCUUUUAUUUCUUGGGAAAACAUUUUGGUUUAAUGUUGGGUUUGUUUUGGGGUUUUUUUGCAUCUUGUAUGCACCAUAUAGGACAAUAGUUAUUUAUACAAAAUAAAAACAAGC